GCCAGAUUGCUGGAAAUAGAUACAAUCACUCAUGGUUGGUGUCUAAUUUGUCCAUUGCUUCCAUUGGCAGAGCUCUUACAAGGAGGACAAAGCUUCGUCAUGCCGCCGCCAAUCUUGCCGCCAGCCGCCUCAGCCACGCGUGUGUAAUCGAGGCAGACAAUCACGGACAGCGACCUCGAACCUUCGACAAUACCAUAAUUACCAUACCACUUUUCCUUUUCGCUCGUAUCCUGUAAACACCUACCAUGUUUUCAGGAUCGAACUCCUACCUGGGGGGCCAGAGUGGUCGCCCAGGCGGGCCCCAGCAGUUCAACUCAUUCCCAAAUCAGCAAAGCCAGCAACAACCUCAGCAGCAGGGCUUCAUGAAUCCCAAUCCCACCGGCUUUGGCCAACAAGCUCCUCUGCAGCCAAAUUACACCGUAUAUCCUAUGCAGCCGCAGCAGACUGGCUUCCAACAACCCCAGCAGAUGCAACAGCAGCAAACCGGAUUCCCAGGCCAGCAACAGCAAUUCAACAAUGCUCAACCACAACAGCAACAAAGCUUCCAGACCGGCGCUCCACCGAUGCCCCAGAUUCCUCAGCAGUACCAAAGUCAAGCUCAGCAGCAACCGCCUGCAGCUCCGGCUCAGAAGCCCCAGCCUACGGGCUUUGCUCAGAUGGCCGAUAGCUUCAGAUCGAGCCCUGCCCCCGCAGCUCCCGCGAGAGGACGCCGGGCAUCAAAGUCGAAGGGUUCGAAGAUCCCGAAUAUACGGCUGUCGUUCAUUACGGCGCAGGAUCAGGCGAAGUUUGAGACUUUGUUCAAGUCUGCGGCUGGGGAUGAGCAGACCUUGUCCGGAGAUAAGUCGAGGGACUUGCUUAUGCGGUCGAAGCUAGAUGGAAAUGCAUUAUCACAGAUCUGGUAGGUUUAUUUCUGUGUUUGGGAAUCUGCGGACAGGAAAUGUGCUGAUGUUGGAUAAAGGACUCUUGCCGACACUACUCGCUCUGGGCAGCUACAUUUCCCCGAAUUCGCUCUUGCUAUGUACCUCUGCAACUUGAAGCUUGUAGGAAAGGCAUUGCCUUCUACACUUCCGGAUAAUAUUAAGAACGAGGUUUCUAGCAUGGUUGAUAUUAUUAACUUUGGGGUGGUGGAUGAUGCACCAGAGCUGCCAUCCAGAACGAAUGCUCCUGAUUUCACUGGCAGACAAAAUGCGGCAUCUCCAACUAUCCAUCAACCGCAGCCAACUCCUUCGAAUUCUGCUCUUUUGACGGCACAAAUGACCGGGUUCCCAACCCAGCAGAACAAUUUCUCCAGCGGAGGAUUCGGGCAACAACAAGGUGGGUUCCAACAGCCCAUGCAGACAGGUUUCGGUCAGAACCAGGGUAUGCAGGCAAAUCAGACUGGAUUCCAGAAUUUGUCGAACCCAUCUGUCACUGGCUAUUCUGGGCCCCGUCCUCCAAUGCCACCAAUGCCAACUGGAUAUGGUCAAGGUCAAGGUCUUUCACCUGCUCAGACUGGCAUGGGCGGAAUGGUCGCUCCUUUGAAUAGCCAACCUACUGGACGUCCAGGACAGUGGGGCCUGGUCAAUGCUCCAGCAAGUGGACUACCUAAUAUUGACCUACUUCAAUCCCGCAUGAUGCCCCAACAAGGUCGAGAGCAGGGCUCUUUCACUACUUCUGGGCUGCAAGGAAAUGCCGUCAUUCCAUGGGCAGUGACCAAAGACGAGAAAACCAGAUACGAUUCUGUUUUCAAGGCUUGGGAUGGCUUCAAUAAGGGCUUCAUCGGUGGUGAUGUAGCCAUCGAAGUCUUCGGGCAGAGUGGGCUUGAAAAGCAAGAUAUGGAGAGAGUUUGGACUCUUGCAGAUCACGGCAACAAGGGCCGUCUCAACAUGGACGAAUUCGCAGUUGCUAUGCAUUUGAUUUAUCGUAAGCUUAACGGAUACCCAUUGCCUGCUCAGCUGCCUCCCGAGCUUGUCCCACCUUCCACCAGAAACUUCAAUGAUUCCAUCGGACAAGUCAAAUCACUUCUUUCUCAAGAGUCUGAUUUCCGUAAGCACUCUGGAGCGAGUCUGUUGCCCCAGAAGACUGGUGUCAGCUACUUGAAGAAUCACUCUUUCCGUGGAGGUGUUUCUGGCUUUAGCGGUGGACGAAAGGAUGCUACCGUUUUCAAGAACAACGAUGAUGAUGUUGGAUAUAAAUCCAGUGCUCGUCGGAGAUUGGGCAAUGGUUCUCCUCGUCCAUCAUCACCUGCAUCGUCAACUUCCAAUGACGAUCUUUCGCUGGAACAACUGAAGAAGAAGAUCCGCGAGAAGCAAGUUCUGCUUGAUGCCAUCGACUUCAAGGACGAGAAUGCGGCCGAUGAGGACGAUGCGCUCGAUAGACGAGAUCGCCGCGAGGCAGAUGAUCUUUAUCGCCGUAUUCGACGUAUUCAAGAGGAUAUUGAUUCUCAUCCUGAUGCAUCCCUGCGCAAUGUUGAUUCUGGAGCCGAGCGCCGUAUUUUGAAGCGACAACUCCAGGGACUGACUGACAAGCUUCCGGAAAUCGCUUCUAAUGUCCGCAAGACGGAACGAAGCAUUGCUGAAGCGAAGCUCGAACUCUUCCGUCUUCGCGAUGCCAAGGCUCAUCCCGGAAGUGCAUCCUCUAUUGUUGGAACUGGACCUGGUGGAUCCGUCACGGAAUCGGACCGCCUCAAGGCUCGUGCCAAAGCUAUGAUGCAGCAACGUUCCGCUGCUUUGACUGGACGAAAGGUCGAGUCUAGCAAUGAGGACUUUGAAGCCCCGAAGCGUUUGGAAGAGGAGAAUAUCAAGAUCAAGAACGAGAAGGAGAAUAACGAGCGCAUGGUCCGGGAUGUUGAGGAGAGUGUGCGUGACUUUUCUCAAGGUCUUCAAGACAGCCUUAAGGAGGGGGCACAAGAUUCAACUAGCGAGCAUGAGAAGCGGAGAUGGGAAGAUGGACUUGGUGUUGAGGAUGAAGUCAAGGAUUUCAUUUUUGAUUUGCAGAGAUCAAGCAAGUCUGCCAGAGUUCGCACCGACGAUCGGGGCCGCAACACGAGGGACACUUCACGUUCGGAAUCCUCAUCACGAUAUGAAAAUCCAGCUGCCACUUCUCCCGUCCAAUCCAAAGCUGCUCCUGCUGCAGCACCUGCACCAGCGUCUGGUGGAACUUAUUCACAAUACAAGACUCCAGAGGACCGUGCUGCGUAUAUCAAGGCACAGGCUGAGCAGCGUAUGGCUGAGCGCCUUGCUGCCCUCGGUAUCAAAGCCCCCUCGAAGCCUGGCGAAACCUCUGCUCAACGAAUGGAACGCGAGAAGGGUGAGAGAGCUGCCAAGCUCAGAAAGGCAGAAGAAGAAGAUGCCAAGCGAGAGGCCGAACGACAAGCGAGAAUUAAUGAGGAGCAAGGUAUUCCUCCACCAGAACCAGCUGCAGCUCCUGUUGCGAAGAAGCCACCGCCACCACCAUCGCGAAAGGCAGCGAAGAGCGAUGCUAGUGAGCGUAAAGCCGAGGAUGAGCAGAGGGUUUUGGAAGAGCAGAAGGCACAGAUCAUUGCUACUCAAGAGCUCGAGGACGAUGCUAUGCGUCAAGAGAACGAGCUUGCGAAAGAGAAAGAAGCUGCUGCUGCACGAUUGAAAGCUCUUGAAGACCAAGUUAAAGCUGGCAAGAUCAAGAAGGAUGAAGAGAAGCGCAGAAGAAAGGCUGCCCAAGCCGAGGCCAAGGACAAGGAGGCUCGUUUGGCGGCACAGCGAGCCGAGAUUGAAGCUGCACAAGCUCGUGAGAGAGAGUUGCAACGUCAAUUGGAAGCUAUGGAUGACAGUGAUGACUCGUCUGAUGAUGAGGGACCUGAUCAAGCAACACCCCAAGCGUCGACUCCUACCCAGGGUAGCCAGGAAUUCGAGAGAAAGGCUAUUUCUCCGCCCCCACAACCACCGAUCCCAACGGUUGUAUCUCCAGUACCUGCCGCAGCGACAGCAACUGCCCUUCCUCCUGUCGCUAGCCCUCCAUCCGAUGCCGAGACCAAGAAUCCUUUCUUGAAGAAGCUCGCCCAAACUGGACCAGAUGGAGCUUCUCCAUCAGGCCAAUCCAAUAAUCCCUUCCACCGCCUCCCAGCUCAAGACACUCCCAAAGCCCCAGAACCGAUCGUCACCCAACCAACCGGCUCACGCUCCCGCGUCCGCCCCGAAGAAGACGAAUGGUCCGUCGUCGGCUCCGACAAAGAAGACGACUCAUCGGACGAUGAAGGCCCCGGAGCAGGUAACGCCCGCCACCUCGCCUCCAUCCUCUUCGGCACUAUGGGUCCUCCCCGCCCACUCUCCGCCGCUGGAGGCGCUGGAUCAACUCCCACCAGUCCAGCUCCAGCUCGCGACGCUGUCUCCUCUCCUCCUCCUCCACCGCCUAUGCCAACUGGUGGUGCUCCUCCCCCGCCUCCUAUGCCACCUUUUGGUGGACCACCUCCGCCUCCACCUAUGCCUGGAUCUGCUGCCCCAGGUGGUCCGCCUCCUCCUCCGCCAAUGCCGGCUCCUGGUCCGCCGGCUGGAGCGGGGAGACCUGCUGCGCUGCUAGGUGAGAUCCAGAUGGGUAAGGCGUUGAAAAAGACGCAGACGAAGGAUAAGAGUGCUGCUGCUGUGGCGGGGAGGGUGUUGGAUUGAGUUUAUUGAGACGGCAUUUGAGAUGUCGAGGAUUACAGUGAGUUUCUUGAAGGAGGACGAAUGGGCAGGUAACUGGAAUGGCAGAAAUACGGGAAGGGUUUGGUGUGAGUAGAUAGGUGUAUUAUAUUCGUGUUAGUAGUUAGUGGAUGAGUAGUGAGUGGAAUCCGGAGGGGAAAGGAGGAGCGAAGCACAUACCUAGGAGGCGAGAUUGAGAUUGAGAUUGAUUGAUUGGAGAAUGGAUUUAUACUUCUACUUUCUCGUCAUUUGUUUGACAGAUGUCUUGUGACUUUAAGAGUUGACUUGUGGCACUCUGAUUAGCUCACGAUUUUCUAUUUUAUUCGCCUUCGAAUAACUAUGCACUGAAUUCUCUCCUUAACUUCAGGUAAGUCAC